AUGAUGGAAUCAGGAGGAGAGCGGGGCGGUCCCUCAGCACCCUCGUCGUCGUCGUCGUCGGCUCAACCACCAUCCACAGGAAAGCGCCCUUAUGUGCGGAAACAACCUGCUGCUGGAUUCCGCAAUGACAAGAGCCGUCUCGCCAACAGGAACAACUCACACGAUCCUCACAGCGAAAUGAUCGUCUACAACAACCACCAACAUCAGCCAGACCCUUCGACCCACUCCAACUUUUGUCAGUCAAUGCUCCGCAUCUCCACUAUGCAUAUGCUCCAGUCUGCAGGAUACGAUGCCGUACAAAAGAACCCGAUGGCGGUCCUCAGCGACUGUUUGGGACGGUACUUGGAGUUUCUGGCCGAGGCUGCCAAGGAGUUUGCGGAGCACUCGGGAAGAUCUAGGAUUACGGCGUUCGAUGUCGCGGAUGGGCUAUCAGAACUCGGGAUCGACAUGCCAGAUCUGAAGGAGUGGUUCGUCGAAAACGGAGGCGUUCCUGUCACAGCUGCUGUUGGCGCGGAUGGCAUCACUGGAGAGGACAAUCAGGCGACAUCAGCUGUAACAGGAACGACAACGGCCGCCGCCGCCGCUAGCCGACCCGUCCUGCCUUCGUGGAAAGGAGCUGAUCCUGGACGUGUUCUUCAAGAUAUUACGCGGAAAGGACGCGAGGAGGAGCAUCUGGAUAUAUAUGAGUGGCGCCCAUUACCCGAUGGAUUUGUCAUGCCAGAGACAGACGAGGAGCAGGACGCAUACGCCUAUCCAGAAGGGUCAGACGACGAAGAACACAACUCUAUGGAGGCGACCCCACUCACAGCACAAUCACUGCAGGAGAAUCGCUCACGACUUUCACGAUGGAUCCCGGACACGAGGCCACCCCACAUACCAGACUUUGCUCCACCUUUCCCCAACUGUGUCCUGCCCGCAGACUUGACGCGCACAGACAGCGACGAUCUGAUGAAUGGAUCUGUCAUGAGUCAAUCAACGGACCAGUACGACACCAAUACUUCAACACCCGCAGCAUCGACACCUGGACUGGAUUCUGCAGUGGUCACUUCAAAGACAGCAGACAUCAAAUCAGCACACGCAGAACUAUCAAAGUUGUCCAUCAACACAACCCUACCAGCAGACGCGGACAAGGACGGUAUUGUUCCAACAGCAGCGAAUGCGGAAGGCGACCAGUCCGAAACCAAUCCAUACACUGUUGUGGGACCAUUCCAGGAAUCCACCCAGCCGUUUUCGACAUUGUACUCUACUAUCCCUGCAAAGUCAAAGCAGCCCCACAGUUCGCAGUUAGCAGCACCUUCGUCAUCAACCAUCCUGUCACAAAAAUCUCAACUACUGUUUUCGGAUACGCUCUUGACGCUCCUGGAUCCUACGCCGUACCCGCCAACAUUUGCAAAGCGACUCAGACAACAGGCGUCAUUGGCGCAUGCGAUUGAGCGAGCUGGAGAGCCAUCAGAUACUUUGUUCUCCAAUUCUCAACAGGCGGGAAUGAUCGACAGCCUCUUGAAACACACGGCACCGACAGUUAUCGUCAACAAGUUUGCCAACCCAGGAGUCUCUGUCCAGGACGCUCUGUCGCCUAUUGCCCCCACAGAACGGAUCAUGAAUGGCGGUACUCAGGAUUACUAUGUGGCACAGGAUCCAUUCACAACGGGACGAACGACAGUCGUACCUACUGCGUCUAGAAAGUCGUCAUUCUCCAGCUCGCCCCUUUCAACAGUAUCUUACCCGCCCAAGGAAGUAGUUCCAACGCCGCUUUCGACUCUCAGCAAUGGCCCAAUGACAAAUCUAUCCGACAUUCAGCCCAAACCAAAGGCUGGAUCCAGAAAAUCGAGCCUUACAUCGUCUGAACCAACUGCUCCUGCGGCGACACCCUUGCAACGGAGUCCAUCUAUGGCAGUCGCGCCGCCACCAGCACCUGUGGCAGCGCCUGUAGCACUUGGUUACUCGGCUGCACCCAUCAACCCUACGAUACUUUCCAGGAUUGGGUCAAAUUUCGACCCUGCUGCCUUACUUGCGACGUCGGGAUCUGGUAAAGCGUCAGCAACUUCCAACGGCGUGUCAAAUCCUCGGACCUCUACUGCGGCCUUGGUGUCAGCAGCGCCAGCCUACAUCCCACCACCCGUCAACAGCACUGUGCCCACUAGCUCUUCAAGUCUUCCAGGACCGUCAGCGACACCAAUAUCUAGCUCUAAUCACGUUGCAGCGGCAUCGGCCAAGGCAUCGACAGCAACGUCAGCGCCUAAAUCAACUGCAGCAGCAUCGACACCCAAACAACCUUCAACAUCUUCUUCAAAACAGCAGGCGGCGCCACCAGCACCGACACCAAAGCCAAUACCGGGACCCAUUUCGCUGUCAGACUUGCCACUCAACAUUCCUUCGUCAACAACGUCAGUCCAUGCGAAACCUCCCACAACAGCCACGCCAACGACACCUUCAGCACCCAAGAUUCGGUUCAAGUUUUCGGCACUGGAUGCGAUUUCGACGGGCGAACAAGAUCCUGCAGCUUCGUCAUCGUCGUCGAGUAAGCGAGACCAUGGUCGUCAUUCAUCGCCCUCUAGCAGCCAUCACCAUCGGUCAUCAUCUCUCACCUCGACUGGAUCCUCGCACCACAAGAAAUCCAAACGGUCUUCUCGGGAUCAUGACGAGGAGGAAGAGGAUGGAGCGGAUGAUGGAUACUCACGGGAGAAGAAGAAGAAGAAAAAGAGCAAGUCCAAGGACCGUGACCGUGACCGUGACAGCCACCGUGAGCGUGAUCGUUCAAGAGACAGGGACCGUGACAGGGAUCGUGAGCGAGACCGCGAGCGCGACCGGGAUCGGGAUCGGGAUCGUGACAGUGAAAGCAGCAGUCGACACAAGCAGCACAAGCAGCACAAGCAUUCCUCACACAAGUCUUCGUCGUCGUCGUCGUCACUGCCAAAUGGCGCAUACGCAGCAUCAUCGUCAACAUCAUCAACUCAAGCACCUGCAGCUUCGGCCUACGGCUACUACGCGGUUGCGCCCGGAGGAGGAGGAGCUGUGGACGAUUCUGGAGAGGUGAUCAACUGUAUUUGUUCGAACCCUACACUGGACGAUGGACUAUUUAUGAUCGCGUGUGACCGAUGCGAGGUCUGGUUCCAUGGUCGGUGUGUGGGCGUACGAGAGGGCGAUGCUGUCAAGACUUGGUUUUGUCAACGGUGUACUUCCGGAAACGCUCGUUAG